AUGAGGGCAGUUCGUUUGUACAUACAACGUGAACUUGCUUCUAGAAAAUUCUCAAACUACAAGAUAAGAGCUGACAGUAUAAUUGUCGAGCCGAACAAAGGGCCUGAAGCACCAUCCCUUAAAGAGAUUGUUGCAAAAGAGACUACCGAGCUGCUAGAGCGGCAACAGCGUCUCUCUGUUCGUGACCUGGCUAAGAAAUUUGAGAAGGGUCUGAACACUGCCACGAAGUUGUCUAAUGAGGCUAAGUGGAGAGAAGUGACUGACCGGCAUGUCCUUCUGAAGAAAUUGAAGGUUGUACUUGAAUCACUAAAGGGUCGCAUGGUGGGUCAAAAUAAGGAUGAAUUUGAGGAGGCAAUCUCUAUGGUGGAGACUUUAGCAGUUCAGCUGGCUCAAAGAGAAGGAGAGUUGCUUCAGGAGAAAUCAGAAGUGAAAAAGUUAGCGAUCUUUCUUAAAAAGGUAGUAUGGAAGAAUUUUUUUGUACUAUUUGAUGCUUGUGUCGGUUAUAACUUUGCAUCUAGAAAUGUGUAACAUUCACCAACUCAAUCUUUGUUUUUGCUAUCUAAGCUUCGAUAACUAUACUGCCUGAUUACCAUUGCACAUAACUGUGUAAGCAAACUAUUUUCCCUUUUCUCUUCUUUUACUAUUCCAUCCCAAGGAAAAGAGAUCUUUGGAUUGUUUAUUAAACUACCUACAGUCCCAUUCCCUACUCUGCCCCUCUAUUCUCAUCAUACUUAGGUCCUGUUUGUUCCCAGAUAAACUGAAUAAAGUUCACCUUUUUCAGCUUCAUUCAGGUUUAUUCAGCGAAAGACUUUUUUGCAUGCCUG